UUUUAUUAUGUGUUGAUUACUUCACUGUAAAUCAUAAAGAGUUUACUUAAAUCUCUUGAGUGUUUCUGUUGGGAUACGCUCUACUGUAAAAAUUGAUUGGCACCAGUUUAAUAGUUUCAUUCUGUCUGACAAAAACAUAAAAUUAAAUCCAACAAUAGUUUGAUAAAUUAGUGAGAGAAGCUAAGCAGAACCACCAAGGAAACUGACCAUAAAUGGACACUGCAUUUGACAUCCGGUGAAACUCCCAUCCACGUGUUUUUUUUUCAAACCUGAAACCAAUGACUGGAUCUGAUUCUCCAGUAGCUUACCCAAUCAACAUUUGGUCACUGGCAGAGCAUUGUUUGAAUGAAGAAUGUGGGUCGUCUUUACAGUCUUCAUUUACAUAGAGAGGAUGGACGUUCAUCUCAUCGAAACUGCACCUCGUCCUCAUACAUAUAAUGUCAAGAAUCUGGUCAGGCAGGUAAAUCACCCAGUGCACUGGUUUCAGGUCAGACAGAAGGAGGUUCUGACUCCUCCUUCAAGAAAGACAUCCUUAUAACUGACGUGUUUAUCCGACAACAACCAAAGCUGACCUGCCUCUGAAAGCUUCAAAUCCUCUGCUUCGAUCAACUCCAACUACCUACAUCAUGGUGUCACUGGGACGACAGAUGCUGGGCUUUGUCCUGGCCAUCAUCGGCUUCUUGGGGACCAUCAUUGUUUGCGCCCUGCCAAUGUGGAAAGUCACGGCCUUCAUUGGAGCCAACAUUGUGACGGCGCAGGUCAUCUGGGAAGGCUUGUGGAUGAACUGUGUGAUGCAGAGCACAGGCCAGAUGCAGUGCAAGAUCUACGACUCUCUGCUGGCCCUGCCUCAGGACCUUCAGGCUGCCAGAGCUCUUGUGGUCAUCGCCAUCAUCGUCGCUGCCUUUGGGGUCAUCCUGGGCAUUGCUGGAGGAAAGUGCACCAACUUCGUGGAGGACACACGAGCCAAAGCCAGAGUGGCCAUCGCUGCUGGGAUUGUCUUCAUCUGCGCUGGUGUUCUUGUUCUCAUCCCCGUGUGCUGGUCUGCCAACACCAUCAUCAGGGAUUUCUACAACCCCAUCCUGACCAACCCCCAGAGGAGAGAGCUGGGCACGAUGGCUUCCAUGGGAAUGCAGAUGGCCGGCUGCACCCUGGCCCUUUUUGGCUGGAUUGGGGUGCUCAUUGUCUGCGCUACACCCACAUGGCGGGUCACGGCCUUCAUCGGAAACAACAUAGUGACAUCGCAGACCGUGUGGGAGGGCAUCUGGAUGAGCUGCGUGGUUCAGAGUACGGGCCAGAUGCAGUGUAAGGUGUACGACUCCAUGUUGGCUUUGACCACUGACCUCCAGGGGGCUCGUGCUCUGGUGGUGGUUUCCAUUAUCACAGGCAUCGCAGGGCUCCUCAUCGCCUUCGCAGGGGGAAAGUGCACCAACUUCAUUCCAGAGGAGAGGGCCAAGGCGAGGGCCUCCAUUGCAGCAGGGGUGAUAUUGAUCAUCAGUGGAUUUCUCUGCCUCAUCCCUGUUUCCUGGACUGCCAGCAUCAUCAUAAGGAACUUCUACAACCCCGUGUUAAUAGACGCCCAGAAAAGAGAGCUGGGGGCUUCUCUUUACAUCGGCUGGGGGGCCGGGGGACUGCUGCUCUUGGGAGGGGGUCUUAUGUGCGCCAGCUGCCCACCGAAAGAAGAUAAUGCCCCUUCUGUGAAAUAUCUCAUCAACAAACCUGUAGAGAACAGCAGAGUGGACUCAUUCCGAUCUUCCACACCAACAAAAACCUAUAUUUGAGUUUUCCAAAGGGACUAAUUUGCCUCUGGCUGAUGACUGUCUAUCUUUCAGCAUUUAUUGAGCUGCUGUGUAGCAUCAAGGAAAAGGACUUGCACACAGUAAACCUACAAUGAAGGAAAUCUGCACUUUGUACCUUAAGAUUUGUACUCUGAAUGAAGCUCUGUGUCUGAGAUCGCUUUACUCUUGUUCAUGAACAUGUAUAUGGGGAUAGUUUAAAUUAUAGAAGCUCUUAUAUUUGUGGUAGAGUGGCUGUUUUAGUCUAUCUUUUUGUCAUUUUAUAGUUGUGAUUUCAUUUUUUUUCACAAUA